AGCUUCUCACAGUCGUCACAGACGUGGAGCGGAUAAUUCCGAAAGCUUAGUCAUAUGUUAAAGCUCCGCUCAAACCUUAACUCCCAUAUCAUCAAGUUUUCCAUCAUCUUCGUCAGCGUAUCGCUCGAGCUAUCUCACAACUUUGACAACAAAAACAUCAAAAGCUCGUCAAAAUGUAAUGCUGUAGCGACUAUACUUUGUUUCGGCGCUCUCGGGGGCGUUGCAACAGCAUUCAUUGCUACCCUCGGCCCUAUGACUGGUCUCCGCACCAUGAUUAUCACCCGCUUUAGCUCAGGAUACUUCGGCGGCACCAUAUACUCAAUCCUCAACAUCUUCACCCAGCUCGGCUUUUCUACAACAGCAGUCAUUCUCGGAGGUCAAACGCUCGCCAACAUCAAUCUCAGCACCCUUCCGCUCGUCGUUGGCAUCAUUAUAAUUGGCGUGUGUUGCCUCAUCCCGUGUUUUGUCGGGUACGACAUGGUACACGUCUACGAGCACUACGCAUGGAUAAUCACUAGCAUCAUCAUGCUUUUCCUCUGGGGUCUGGGGGGUAAAGCCGGAUAUGACGUCAACGCGCAAAAGUCUCUCGAGGACACAGGGCGCGCCCUCUCAGCUGACAUUCUCAGCUUUGGCGGAAUCGUAUUUGGUUCAUUCUCGGGGUGGGCUCCAGUCGCAGCGGACUACAAUUGCCGGCUACCAGCCGAUACACCGCCCAUGCACGUAUUCCUGCUUACGUUCUUCGGGCUGUUCAUCCCUAUCUGCUUCGUCGAGAUCCUCGGUGCAGCCCUCAUGACAAUUACAGAUCCCGCAUACAUAGCUGCGUUCGCAGAUGGCUCAACAGGCGGUCUAAUCGCGCAAGUUCUCUCUCCCUGGGGCCACUUUGGUCAAUUCAUCCUCGUCCUUCUCGCACUUUCUGUCAUCGCUAACAACAUCCCAAACACCUACUCCACUGGCCUGUCCAUACAAGCCCUCGGACGCCCAUUCGCCAUCAUACCGCGCUUCUUAUGGGUUUUCCUCGCUUUCGUCAUAUACACCGUAGCAGGUGUCGCUGGCCGGGAACACUUCAGCGCCAUCCUUUCCAAUUUCCUGAGCAUACUCAGCUACUGGACGGCUUUCUUCAUCGUAAUCGUCGCCGAGGAGCACUUCAUCUUCAGGCGCAAGAACGGGCCGCUCGGGGGGUACAAUUUGGAUGCUUAUGAUAUGCCGUCGAAGCUGCCAUUGGGCAUAGCGGGUAUACUUGCAAUGUGUUUUGGCAUUACAGGUGCUGUCGUUGGGAUGUCAGAGGUAUGGUACACAGGUCCGCUUGGGAAGAUGGCAGGAGCGGCGUAUGGCGCUGAUCUCGGGUUUGAGCUUGCAGCUGCUUUCUCAGCUGUUACUUACCCUCCGCUGCGUGCUCUUGAGAUUAGGCUCACUGGUCGAUGAUAGGAGGUCUACUGUGCUGAAGUGGUAUGAAGGAUGUAGUGUCUUUUUGGCAGCUUCUUAUUGUAGGAAGAGCGCUGGGUAGAUUGACUUAUCCUAUAGAACAAGACCAUUGGAGGCGUCGAGUUAUAGCAAGUGCUCGACUUACACAUGGCGUGAUGCUGCGCAGCGCAGGAUCAUCCGCAUAGUACGCGUUCCAAAGGCAUUUUGCCGCGUCAUGUCAAGGACCUACUUACUAAAGGGGGUGGUGUCUCACCUACGUCCUUAUGCCGGUGGCGUGAUGCUGCGCAGCGGCUGGAUCAAAACAAAUAUAGAUAGGCACUAUGAUAGUAGUGCGCGUUCCAAAGGCAUCUGACCGCGCCAUGCCACGGAGCUACAUAAAAGGGGGUGCCUCGUUA